AUGGAAUCACAAGAUGAUCUCAAUAGUUUGAUUCAUCAUAAAGAGCGCAAGGCUCCUAUAAGGAUCCUAGAAUUAAGGUUUGAUACCCCGUUCUGUGAGCUUAGAUCCCGAAAUGGGGCGAGCUCCGAACUCAAAUCCCGCAAUGGGGCGAGUUCAACUCUGUUUGGUGGUGGUACCCAGGCGCCGGAAAAUUGUGUCCGACGCAGACCGGAGCCGGAGCCGUGGACUCUAGUUGAUAUCCGAGCGGUCCUUUGCCCGAAACGUACGCUGCUAGGAAAGUUUACCAGCAAGUGA